AUGGCCGCUAAGCCGCCGCAGCUUCGACCAUGGGGCCUAAAAGAAUGCGCGGUACUCACUCUGAUCUUCGUCGUCUCAGCCGUGAUCACGGUGCCGGUGGUCACCGGCAUCUAUUUCCUGGCCACCUUCCUCGACCGCCAGUUCCCGGACACCGUGUUCACGGUGGCCAUCACGGGCGUCACCGGCCUGGACCUCGCGCGGGACGUCGACCUGCCGACCACGCCGCCGGCGGGCGUCGACUACAGCAGCAGCCCGACCCGGGCCCCGACGGCGGCGCUCUCCCCGGUGUUCAACCUCACGUUCCAGAUAGACAACACGCGCAACGCGUACCACGACGCGUGCGUCCCGGGCCUCUCGAGGGCCGACGUCUCGUACGGGGGCGCCUUCAUCGCCAGCGGCUCCGUGCCGCCCUUAUGCGCUGGGGAGAGACGGAGCGACCGCGUGGCGGCCAGGGCGUCGGGCGAGAACGUCGCGGUGCCGCGGUUCCUCAGGGACCAGCUCGCCGUGGGCGACGCGUCGGUGGACGUCAAGGUCAUCAUGCCGACGUACUGUCAGUACGGUUCGUGCGGCGGCGCCGUGCUCUCCUGCAAGCCCAAGAUCGGAGGCGGAACGUCUCCGGCCUGUCGGCUGGAUUAUCUUUAA